UGAUUGGCAGAAAUACUCGUAGCAAUCCUGUCAGUAUAUUAGACAAAUCUCUGAGCAAAGGAAGGCAUGAGGUUUUUUUAAAUAUUUUUUUGGGGGGUUAUUCCAGUCCGAAAUAUUUUUCUUGGGUUUUUCGGUUCCUAAUAUUUUUUGGUCCCUAUACAUUUAAUAAAUUACCAACUCAUUUCGAAUAGCCUCAAUUUUUGUAGAUAAACAUUUCCACUUUUGCACUCUUAUUUGCUGAAAUGAUUAAAUAUUCUCAAAAUAAAGUUAACACCGUACAAGAAUUACAAGAAAGAUUAACAGAUUAUGGAAAAUUUAUAGGAUCUCGUCUUUUAGAUCUAAUUACUUUAAGAGAGAAAGGAUACAAAAAAGAUGUUAAAUUAUUGCAUAUGUUAAUGUUUUUGAAAGGGCCUGUUUGGAAAAAUUUAUUUGGUUUAGAAGCUGAUAAACUUGAAAGGAGUAAUGAAGACCCUUGUAAAUAUUUUCUCAUCGAAAAAGAGCCAAUGGUCAAUACAUUUAUUUCACUUCCAAAGGACAAAGGAUCUCUAAAUUGUGCAUCUUUUAUUGCCGGUAUAAUAGAAGCAUUUUUAGCUGAAAGUAAUUUCCCUUGUCGAGUAACAGCACAUUGGCAUAUGGGAACAGCUUAUAUGAUUGAAUUUGAAGAACAAGUUAUUACUAGGGAAAAUAUUAUUAAUGAAAUGUCUAAAUAA